AUGAUUACACUUGUAUUUCUUGAUUUAAUGCGGAUUAAUUUAAUCUCGAAAAAAUUAACUGAAGAAGAAUUUAAACAAGGCAUUGAUUAUGUGACUGAAUCCAUACAAUGCCAUGAUGCAGAUAUUAUAUCCGCAUGCAGACUUUUGAUUCAAAUAGAAGCAAUCAUUAAAGAAGCAUCAGAAGAAUUAGACCAGUUUCUCAGAAAUUCCGAGUUAAUUGAAUACAUUUAUGAAGAAGAACUCUCAGAAGACGAAACAUUGGAAGCAUUUUAUAAGAUCUUUGAUGAAUAA